AUGUCCUCAACUAGCUCCAACUCAUCUGACAUCCCAUUAGCAACAAUCGCCAGAAUCUUUAAAGAACUUUCAUUCAAAGAUCCAACAACAACAAUCACAAUUUCUACAUUAGAUUUAUCAUCAGAAUAUAUAAAAUUAUUCAUUAAUGAAGCAAUCUUACGAUCAAAUGAAGAAAGAAUAAAACAAAAUAAUGGUGGGUUGGAGAAUGUGGUUAUGGAUGAUGAUCAUAAUGAGAUGAAUACAAGUAGUACUCAAUAUCCUACCAUGGAUGAAUUAGAUGUAGAAGAAGUAGACGCUUCUGAUGAUGAGGAGGAUGAAUAUAUUCUAAAUGAUGAAUCCAAUACUCAAAAACAAUUAAAACAAGUCAAUCAAGAAUCGAGGGGACGUGUGAGUGGUAAUGGUGGGUCAGGGAAUGAUACCUUAGAUUCAAACCAUUUGGCAAAAAUCGCUGGAAUUCUUUUAUUAGAUUUCUAA